AUGUCCCUCGUGCCCCGCAAUGGUAAGGUUGCGGUAGUUGGAGCGGGAAUUUCCGGCCUUUGUUAUACGUAUUUUCUUCAUAAGCUUCGACCCGACUUGCAUAUCUCUGUACAUGAGGCCUCAAAAGAACCUGGUGGAUGGAUAAAAUCUUUGAAACUCAGCGAUAAUGGCUCUGAUUUGAUAUUAGAAAAAGGUCCAAGAACUUUGCGUGGAGUGAGUGAUGGUACCCUUCUUAUCGUCGAUAUCAUGAAACAACUAGGACUCGAAAAAGAGGUAGAAGUGAUGAGUGCCAGCUCGCCGGGAAAUAGAAAAUGGCUUCUAGACCCUGCCGGAAGCUUGGUGCAAGUUCCAAAUUCAUUUUUGCUGUUUGCCAAGUUUGUAUCAAACGAUGUUUCCCAGGGAUUAGUGCCUAGUAUAUUCCGGGAGCCUUUUCGCAAAUCAAGCAAAAAUUUCGACGACGAGUCCAUCAGAUCUUUCAUCACAAGAAGAUUCGGCUCCCCUCAAUUGGCUGACAACGUCUUGAGUGCUGUCAUGCAUGGGAUCUAUAGUGGAGAUGUAGACAAAUUGAGUGUGCGUGCCACGCUCCCAAACUUGGUGAAACUUGAGCAAGAGCAAGGAUCCAUUGUCAAAGCUGUAAUGCGGAAAAUGGUAUCCAAAAAAAAAGUACCAGAGGUGAAUCCAUUUCUUCAUCUUUAUGAACUGAAAGUUUCACCUGGUGCUGAUUUAGAAAAGGUUGCAUCAAAAUUGAAGAAAUAUCCUAUUAUGAGAUUACACAGUGGGCUUCAAACUUUGCCAUUAGCCAUGGCCCAAUACUUGAAAGCACAAACCAAUGUGAAGCUUAAUUUUGCAAAUGAAGUUUCUGCUCUCGGUUUAAAGAAUUGCUCGUUAUCUGUUGCUGGGAAAACCCACGUGUAUGACCAUGUGAGACAUACACUGGGGUUGCAAAGCCUCUCAUACAUGACAAAUUUUGAGAAUAGAGAUGUUCUUCCGACUCUUCAAACCCUUGAGUACUCUACUAUCUUUCUUGCAAAUAUAUACACUAAGAAAAAAGGCCUCAUCCCGAAGAACGGGAAUGGCUUUGGCUUUUUAGUGCCUCGAAGAAACCACAACCCAGAGUCACUCUUGGGUGUCAUAUAUGAUUCAGAUACUGAACUGGACGCUGAAAGAUUUGUUGACAGAACAAAGUUUGGUAAGGCUAGCUAUGACAAAAUCACAUUGAUGAUAGGUGGCCAUUAUUUCAAUGCCCGAGGAGUUCCCUCAAAUAAAGUCAAUUUGAAAGCAACUCGGAACGUUUUGCAAAAUAAUUUGGGUGUUGAUUUGACAAAAUUUAACAUUGUUGAACGUGAUGAGGCACGCAUGCAGAGUUCCGAGGUCCUGCUUGCCGAUAAUGACUUGCUUAUAUCAUACAAUCUUCACAAAGACUGCAUUCCUCAGUACAAUGUUGGAUUCUUGGAGAGGUCAGGAUUCAUUCGUGAGUGCGUGGAAAAAGAAUCUGCCGGAAAAGUGACACUUGGAGGACCAAGUUUGGGUAAAUUAGGGGUCCCUGAUUGCGUCAUGAAUGAACUAGAAGCCGCGUUGCGUGCUUAG